GUAAGUUUGGAACAGUUGAAUAAUGGAAGUGGUCGACGAAAUUUGCAACUUGCUUCAGGUGCAUGUGAACCGUGAUAAGGUGGUAUGUCUAGCAUGCUACGCCCUCAAGCUGAUAGGGUCGUCACGUGAGAGCAAGCCGCUGCUGACAGCGAGCGGUAAGCUGGCCGCGGCUCGCUCCGCCACCAGACUGUUCGAUGACGCCAGCGCUUUCAGAAACCUCGUCAACUAUGGACUUGGAAGACAUGAAGGUCCCCUCUGGGGAGCAAUGGGCGUCUGCAACGGGCUGUCCAUCCUGGCAUAUCUCCAGUUUGAGAAGCUGAUGUUCCUGAUCGACUCCGGUAUCCUGCCCGUGUCUAAGGACGUGGACUUCCAGGUCAGGACAGGACAUAAGGUCGCUUGGAGCUUACUGGCAUUCUUUGGGUUUAUUAGAUCAAUCCGCGCGUUGCAUCUGUCAGCACAAGUGGUCCGGCGCCCCAACCACAGCAGGUGUGCGCCGGCGCGGGUGACGCAGGCGGCGCUCACGUCCACCAAGCUGCUGCUGGACGUGGUGCACGCUGUGAGCUGGCUGCCGCGCGGCUGGCUGUGGGGCAGCUGCCUCUCCGCUACACAAGCUAGCAGCUUCGCGACCGCCUCCGCCGUGUUGGCGCUCGUCAUGCACUACCACGGGAAACGACUGGCGCCGUGAACCAGUUAUAUAUAGAUCGUAGGACUGGAGAAAAUAACUAAAUACCUCAAUAUGUUGUUUUAGGACGAAAGCAGAGGUUCUUUUACGUGUGGAUCAGAAUGGCAGACGCCAUCUAUCAUUUCUCGAUUUCAUUUUCUCUUGGUGAACUUGAGGUACGUUCAUGUACUUACAUUGCUUUCGUAUGUAACAUUAACAUUUUAUAUUGUUUAAACUUAAGUUUCAUAUGUUUAUAUAAUGGUGCUAAUUCCUGUAAAUACCAUCUAAUUUUAUUUUAAGUUAUAUCUGUCGUUUUCUUAUCCGCCGAAAAGGAAAGGGACGGGUAAUCGACAAGCAUAAAAUUUAUGGAACACACGUCAAUUUUAAGCACAAAUCUAAACCAAUCGUCUAAAAAUUUUACAUCAGUCA